CAAAGCUUCGGAAUAUUUCGGGAUUACAAUUAAAAAAACUGUCAUAGGAUAUUCACGUUUCAUUGUUUAGUGGUUUAUCGUAUUUAAGUUAAACAAAGGGUUAUUUUUUUCAAAUUUAAUAAUAUCUUAAACCUAUAAAGAACAUCAUCAUUUAAAAUUUUCCUUAUAAGCUUAUAUUUUUUGUUCACAAAGACUAAUUUUUUUCUCCUUCAACAGUCGCUAUGGCGGAACAAGAGAAACAGAUAAAAAUUGGAGAUUGCAAAGGGCCUGAGGCCAUGUUUGUCAAACUUAUCUCCUCAGAUGACCAUGAAUUUAUCGUAAAACGAGAGCAUGCGCUUACGUCUGGAACGAUAAAGGCUAUGUUAUCUGGACCGGGAACCUUUGCCGAACAUGAAACGAACGUGAUUAAUUUUAGAGAAAUUCCGUCUCACGUUCUCGAGAAAGUUUGCAUGUAUUUCACCUAUAAAAUACGAUACACGAAUAGCUCAACGGAAAUUCCAGAGUUCCCCAUUGAACCAGAAAUAGCUCUAGAACUACUGAUGGCUGCUAAUUUUCUAGAUUGCUGAAGAAAUUGUAUUAUCACCGCCUCAUAUUUUAUAGGCUAAGUAAGGCAAAUGUUUAUCAACGUACCCAGUUUAUUAAACUGAUUUCUCAAUUUGUAUCGUUUGUAUUUUUUUUUACCGUAUCCUUAAAAACUAUGUUUCUCUCUGGCUUUGAAUAUCAUUUAAGAUGAUUAACAAUUAAUUAUCUAUCAAUACUUUUUUUUGUUGUACUUUAUGUCUAACAAGCACGAAAUCAUCCCAAAAAAAUAUGUCUUUGUAUGUCUUGUCUUAUAUAUGUCGAGUGUAAUGUAUUGAGUAAGAUGUUUUGCUGCCAUAAUACCUCUUUAGUUUGAUGCAAAUAAUACUUGUCCUAAAAUCAAAUAUCAGAAUUAUAUAUGUAUGGAGCGCUUGAAAACUUUUGAUCUUUUUUUGUUAAUUAAACGCAACAAACAUUUUUUAUUGUGUCAAUGCGAAUUGAAUUCUAAUAUGUUUAAGAGGCUAAGAGGCUUAGCGAACAUUUUUUUUUUAAGCUUGAAAAAAAAACAGCAUUUCCUUUU